AGACCACCCUUCCGUGGGACUGGAGCUCCAGAGAACGCAGUAGGGUAGAAAAGCACCUUGGGCUGCUGUGCACCGCAGAGUGAGUCGGUGCAGCCCAGGGUCGGGAGGAGAAGGGAGAAGAGACCACCGGCAGCCACUAUCUUGUGGGAACUCCUGAAGAUGGCCAAAGAUGAUUCCACUGUCCGCUGCUUCCAGGGCCUGCUGAUUUUUGGACAUGUGAUUGUUGGUAUGUGUGGCAUCGCCCUGACGGCAGAGUGUAUCUUCUUUGUAUCCGACCAACACAGUCUCUACCCACUGCUUGAAGCCACCAACAAUGAUGAUAUCUACGGGGCAGCUUGGAUAGGGAUGUUUGUGGGCAUCUGCCUCUUCUGCUUGUCUGUUCUAGCCAUUGUAGGAAUUAUGAAGUCCAGCAGGAAAAUCCUCUUGGCGUACUUCAUUAUGAUGUUCAUAGUGUAUGGUUUUGAAGUGGCAUCUUGUAUCACAGCAGCGACACAGCGAGACUUUUUCACAACCAACCUCUUCCUGAAGCAGAUGCUGGUGAGGUAUCAAAACAACAGCCCCCCAACCAAUGAUGAUGAGUGGAAAAACGCCGGCGUGACCAAGACCUGGGAUAGGCUCAUGCUGCAGGACCACUGCUGUGGUGUAAAUGGUCCAUCAGACUGGCAGAAAUACACCUCUGCCUUCCGGGUGAAGAAUAACGAUGCUGACUUUCCCUGGCCUCGGCAGUGCUGUGUCAUGAACAAAGUUAUGGAGCCUGUCAACCUGGACGCUUGCAAACUCGGAGUGCCGGGUUAUUACCACAGUCAGGGCUGCUAUGAACUGAUCUCUGGACCAAUGAAUCGGCAUGCCUGGGGAGUUGCCUGGUUUGGAUUUGCCAUCCUCUGCUGGACUUUUUGGGUUCUCCUGGGUACCAUGUUCUACUGGAGCAGAAUUGAGUAUUAAGCACACAGUGUCUCCGCCAUACCUCCCUCCUCCGGUGACUCUGGAUUUGGUGCUGGAACCCGCUGCUUCGUCACAUGCCUUCUGUGUGCUCCAUGGCGACAGAUGCUUUUCUCACUCAAAUGCCAGUUCAGGUAGAAUGGGCUUCCUUUAGACUCUCAGGCUGCUGCAGUCCUCAGCAGAAAUAUUUCUCAUCCUUGGCUAACAUUCUGCAACAUAUUUAUGUACUAUGAGACAGAAAAUUUGGAGAGUGGAGAUGACUCUCAUUCCUGCUCAUGUUUAAUGUGGGGGCACAAUGACAUUCGAGGGAACCUGCCUUACCAUCAUAAGCUCUGUCUGCAUUUAAUAGCAAACUCAAGAAACAGGGAGCCUGUAUCUCUUACUAUUUUCUUCGACCUUGCAAGGGUUUUGCUUGUCACAGUGUGGACUGGAGGUGGGGGGGAAUUGCAGAGCUGCGCCUCUGCUUCUGUCUACACUGGUGGUGCUCCUGACACACCCACCACCUUUGGAUACUUUUUAUUCUCUGGGAUGAUCCUUGAUUUUCAUUUAAUAAGCGUUUCCGACUUCCUCUCCUGCCCUGUGGAGUGACGUGCGUUUAGCAACUUCAUUCUCGGUUAAUUGAAAGUAUAUAAACGUUAGGGACAUGGACACUGCCCAUUUCACACCAGCUCAGUCUUUGCCCUCCACGGUUUCAACGUGGCGAUCCAAGCCAGCUAUUAGAGCAGGUGAUUUAUAGGACUUUUGUUUGCUGUCAAAAUAGUUUGAUCCUGCAGGAAGUCCUGACAACUCACCAUUGUUUGCUUAACAAGAGGCCCAUAAAAUAUGCCCACUUCCUCUGA